GUUCUGAAUGUGUUAAGUCUGAUGUUGCUUCCAUUAAGUCACGUCAGAACUGCUGCUGAGAAGAGGCUGGACGCAGAUACAGAACACGAUCAUGAUCCUGAACUUUGUGAAGGUUUUCCUGCUCUGGCCUUUAUGUGUGGCACAGACAAGUGACAUUUCUCAGCCGGUCCCUUUCCAAAUGGUGAAGAUUGGAGACUCGGCUACUAUUGAAUGUCACAUAAAAGGUAUUAUUAAAAAAAUAGUUUGGUAUAAAUACACGUUAGGGAAGAGACUACAGCUCCUGGUAGCAUAUAAUGUUAAAUAUAAUUUCAGUGGAUUUUCAGAGGAAUUUCCUCAGCAUUAUUCAGUCAAAUUUAACGGAACCAACAGCCACCUGAGCAUAUCUGCAACAACAUGGAAAGACGUUGGAACAUACUUCUGUGGAGUCGUGCACUUAAACGAAAUCCAAUUUGGAUCGGGAACCUUUUUGAUGCUGAAAGGUGCACAUAUGAUCAGUGAGUCUGUCAUCCAGCAGCCAGAGUCAAACUCAGUCCAGCCAGGAGACUCUGUGUCUCUCAGCUGCUCACACACAGGAUACUGUGCAGCAGAACAGAGCAUUGUCACGUGGCUGAAAAACUCUCGGCACUCUGCUCCAGAAAUGAUUUACUUCUCUAGAAAUGGGAUCUGCCAGAAGAAAGACAGUGGAAAAACCACCUGCGUGUAUGGCCUUCUCCUGAGGAACUUCAGCUCUGAAGAUGCUGCAACCUACUACUGUGUUGUGACUUCCUGUGGACAGACGCUGUUCGGGAGUGGGACCAGAAUUUAUAUUCAAGGCAAAACUUUCGAAUCACAACUUAAUCCGACCACUAUUGCCCUGGGGCUAUCAAACAUCGCUCUUGGGAUUAUGACAGUCAUCCUCGUGUACACACUUUGCAGGAGGAGAGGUUCCACAGCAUCAACUGAUGGGUCGUCAGAAGGCCAUCAGACUAGUGAUGUAGUCACCUAUACAGACCCUAUAAGCCUGCCCCGCAGACAACCUGCAGUGAGAUACUGCAAAGGUUCUGUCCUUUAUUCUGAAGUCAGAAACUGUCAACCAAACUGAAAAGAUUCAUCUUAAGAAAGUGGACAACAAGGAAGAAUGAAGACUGAUGGAGCAUGAAUGGAUACAUCCAUGUCCUAUCCGAGUCGGCAGCAGACCUAAUCCAUGGAUGGGCAUUUGAUUUGCGGGGUCAGGCCCAAAGUAAAAAUAAUGGUGUUCUGACGUGAAAACAACAACAAAGUAUUUUCCUAUUUAAGAAAUGACAACGCAAAUUUCCCGGGGCAUUGUAGAUGUGUUGACGGCCCGACAGAGCGAGAUAGUGGGGACAACAGAACAAUUCAAGCCUGGAAUUUCCGUAGGUUUUUUAUUUUGAUAAAAAAGCUCUAUAUUGAUGCAUUUUUUAAUGCGUUCUGGCUACUGAUUUACAUGCAAAGAACACGUCUCGAUCAAGAGUAAAUGUAUAAAAUUACAGCUGACACACAUGUAUAUUUUGAGGAUUAAAUAUGAAUUGUGAUGUAAAAUUAUUCACGCUUUGCCAUAUCUCCUCUUCUGCCUGUGUCGCCCAGGGCUGACUAUUCUGUGGAUUGAUGUAACAUACUGUAUAUUGUACUGCCAGUGCACUAUAACACAAAUGUAACAUGGAAAUAAUAAACAUAUA